AAAUACAAGGCGCUCAUUGAAGCGGUGGCUGCGGAAGGACGGUGGAACAGCGAGCUGGUCCCUUUAUAUAAAGAAAAGAAAAGAAAAUAUAAGAAAAGAAAAAAGAAACAAUAAACCCCAACUUCUGUGGGGUUUUAACACUACAACUUUUCUCCACAGCAGUAACGGACCAGAAACUAUAUCAUCAUGGACACUGCUGUGCUGAGCCUUCAGACCAUAUAUGAUAAGAUGAGAAUGCAAGUUGACGUCCUCAAUGAAAGCAUUGAACCCAACUUCAUUCAGAUGGCCCAAAACUUUGAUGACUGCCGUCGCAGAUGGUUGAGGACAGAGCAGGAUUUGGGGUCUUGCAAAGAGAUUCUCACCAAAACAGAAACAGAGAGGGGAGCUUUGGAGGUCAAAUUGAAACAUGCCCGCAACCAAGUAGAUGUGGAGAUCCGGCGCAGACAGAAGGCUGAGUCUGAAUGCGAGAAGUUGGACCGUCAAAUUCAGUUGAUUCGUGACCUCUUGACCAGCGAGGGAUCCACCAACAGUAUCCAGCUAAGUGCAGAGCAACGCUCAGCUCUGGCCUUCCUGAACACGAAUUGUCAAACACCAGUCAACAUCAAUACCAGUCGGAGACUGACGAGGAUAGAUGAGUCUGCCUCAAUCCUGUCAGAUAUCAGCUAUGACAAAACGGAUGACUCUCUUGAUUGGGACUCAUCCACUGUGAGGACAGUUCGCCUUAAGAAACGAGAAAAAAGGCGCACCUCAAGGAAUCAUGUCGAUGGGCCUCCACUUGCCUCCAAAAGGUCUCGAUCAACAGGCAGAACUUCAGAAAAGGGAAAUGAGACUCUGAUAACAAAGACCACAGUAACUGUCCCUGCUAAUGGAGGACCUGUUGAGGCAGUUUCUACCAUUGAAACGAUUCCCUACUGGACUCGCAGCAGGAGGAGGACUGCUGCCAUGGAGUGGGACUCUGAGUCUGUCAAAUCAGUGGAUGUCUUCAAGCAGCCGUCCGUCCCUGAGGGAGAGAGAAAAGCUCAGCCCAGCACUCCACAGAACAACGGAUGUGUCCGGCUUCACGAGUUUGUCUCCAAAACUGUCAUUAAGCCAGAAUCCUGUGUUCCAUGUGGAAAGAGGAUCAAGUUUGGCAAGAUCUCACUGAAGUGUCGGGACUGCAGGGUGGUCUCACACCCUGAGUGUCGCGAGCGUUGCCCUCUGCCAUGCAUCCCUAACGUGGGUGCCACACCAGUCAAAAUUGGAGAGGGUGUGCUUGCAGACUAUGUUUCCGACAUGUCACCCAUGAUUCCCCCUCUUGUGGUGCACUGUAUCAGUGAGAUUGAGCAAAGAGGGCUACACGAGACUGGACUGUACCGUCUGUCUGGUUCCGAUCGCACAGUAAAGGAGCUGAAGGAGAAGUUUCUCCGAAGCAAAAAUAUUCCUGUGCUCAGCAAAGUGGACGACAUCCAUGCCAUCACUGGACUCCUCAAGGACUUCCUGAGGAACCUCAAGGAACCUCUCCUCACCUUCCGCCUUAACCAUGCUUUCAUGGAUGCAGCUGAGGUUUCUGAUGACGACAACAGUAUAGCUCUGAUGUACCAAACCGUUGGCGACCUGCCGCAGCCCAACAGAGACACACUGGCUUUCUUAGUCCUUCACCUUCAGAGAGUCGCUGACAGUUUGGACACCAGGAUGGACAUCAGUAACCUGGCUCGAAUUUUUGGUCCGACUAUUGUGGGUCAUGCAGUUCCCAACCCAGAUCCUAUGACAAUUCUACAGGAUACCAAGCGACAGGCUAAGGUGGUGGAGCGUCUGCUGGCUCUGCCAGUGGGUUACUGGGGCCACUUUGUGAUGGUGGAAAAUGAGCCGCCAAAAGCGGACCAUCUGAUCAUUGAGAAUUCCAACUGCUAUGCCACUCCUGAGAGAGUGAGCAUGUUGGGGCCUCUGACCACUCCAGAGCACCAGCUCAAUAAAACCCCCUCCUCCAGCUCCUUGUCUCAGCGCAUGAAGUCAACUCUGACACCCAGAUUUGGGAGCAAGAGCAAAUCUGCAGUCGGCUUCUCUCGCCAAGGAAAGUUCUUUGCAUCACCGCUCCUCAAAUAAUCCAGAGCAGCUACAUGUAACUUUCAUUUAUACAGCAGUAACAAGGUACUGCUCUCAUACCAGCUAUAAACGCCUCCAUAGUAAUCGUCGUCUUCCCAAUACUUAUAAUCGUUUUUUAAUAUGUCUCAAUUAUAAGAGUUGUGUUUUGUUUGUGAACUGAUAUUUUUUUUAACCAGAUAGUAGGUUCCCAUGUCUAUGCACACUUGUGUCUUUAAGGGACAUUUUUGUAUGAUAUCCUCAUGUCCCGCCUUUAGCACAAUGGGAAUUUACUAUGUACUCACUCGUUUGCAGAAGUGUGCUCUUAGAUGAAGGUGUGUCGUACUUGCAGUUUUAUUGUGAUGUGCUUCUAUAUCUAAUAAUUUCCUUUGAGUUUUUUCAGCUCAUGUGUCACUCAGAAGUUGAAGAACUCAUUUGUUGGCAUUUCAGUUUAUUUUGUAGUUGAAUGUGUGACUGCUUGUAACAGUAUCUUUUUAGUUUUGAUGUGUAUUUCAUUUCCAUUUGUAUCCAGUUUUGCUAUCAUUCCCCUUGCAAUUUGUACUGUAAUUGUUCAUAUUUGAACGAGGAAAGAGUACUUAUUGGACUUGAGUGGGAAGAUCUUUGUCAUCGUCUGUCACACUGACUGAGCGUUUGUCAUCUAUCUCACAGGGACAAAAUUUAGUUGCUGCUGCUGUUUUUACAGUGUAGCUUGCACUGCCAGUGAUCAGCAGAAAGACUUGACGUUUUUAUGCUGUAAACACAAAUUAUUUUGCUCCUUCCGUGUUUAAAGAUCUGUGUAAUUUGUUUGUACAAUGGGAGGUUGCUUAUGAUAUUAUGUACAAAAUGCAAUUACCUUGUAGGCUUUGCCAGUUCAGUUACUGUGGCAUUAAAUUAACUAUAGGCACAAUUUUGUACUGAAACACUUAAUUCAUGUCACAAAAUACAUUUCUAACAUUUGGA